AUGCCGGGGUUUGAAUCAAAUCAGACACUCAGCCCAGGGCAGGGUGGCUCCGCUUCACAUUCCGCCCCGGGCUCACUGUAUGAGUAUCCCAUAGAGUAUCCCGUUACCACCGGGGCUGAGGCCGCUGCUGCCUUGUUCGAUCCUGCCUAUUCUCUUCAGCCUUCUACGCUACCUGUUUCGGGUUCCCAGCUCGGGCACACUUUGCCCAUGGUUAGUCCACUCGAAGGGGUGAACCCCUUUGACUUCUCGCUGGACCCUGCGCUAGAAUUGAGCGAUGGCACAGUGGGAUACAUGAAUGAGGGCGACAUGAAUAUGGAUUUGGAGAUGCCGGUUAUGGAGGAAGUGUUUCAUGUGGAGGAUUGGUCUAGGUAUAUGUGGUCUGCUGAGACAGGGUUCGAGCAUUUAGAUACUGGAUUUCCCCCUGUGACACAAUAA